CAGCAGGCGGCGCGUGAGACCCAGCAGUGUCGCGUGUGCUGACUGGUCAGUUGUGUAUGUACGUGUCAGUGGAAAUUGUAAACUUGAGCUAUAUCUCAUCGGUUUUAUUUACAGGCAUGGAGUAGCUUUAGGUGUUAUUUGAUCAAAAUAACGACAACCACGAUUGCAAUGGAGAACAUCCAGAAUGUCCCAAUUGACAUCCAAACCAGUAAACUCUUAGACUGGCUGGUGGACCGGAGGCACUGCACGCUGAAAUGGCAAAGUGCAGUGAUGACAAUUAGAGAGAAAAUCAAUGCUGCCAUUCAGGAUAUGCCAGAGAAUGAGGAGAUCAAACAACUGCUCUCUGGCUCAUAUAUUCAUUAUUUCCACUGCUUACGAAUAAUCGAAAUAUUAAAAGGAACAGAGGUGUCCACCAAAAAUAUUUUUGGCAGAUAUUCAUCACAAAGGAUGAAGGAUUGGCAAGAAAUAGUGUCCCUGUAUGAAAAAGACAAUGUCUAUUUAGCUGAAGUGGCCAGUAUAUUGAUUCGUAGUGUAAGUUAUGAAGGUCCUGCUUUGAGGAAGCAGGUGUCUAAAGCUCAGCAGCUGCAGCAGGAGUUGAGCAGAAGAGAACUGGAGUGUCAGAGCGGUGCCACUGACAUGAGGGAACGCUAUUAUGCUGCCUGUAAACAGUAUGGGAUACAGGGGGAAAAUGUGGCAAGAGAGUUACAAGCACUCGUUAAGGAUCUGCCUGUAGUUUUAGAAGAAACUGGUAAAAAAGCAGCCUGUCUGGAUGAAGCUAUAAAAUUUUACGCAGCCUUCAUAAACUUUGUUAGCCAUUGGUCUGAAGAAGCACUGCCCAUUCUAAGAUUUGUCCAGAAGAAAGGAAACACAACUGUAUAUGAGUGGAAGACAGGAAAUGUGCCCACAAUUGUAGAGAGACCUGUAAUGGAGGAAGCCCCACCUGAUGUUGUUACAGAGGAGACUAUUGACUGGGGUGACCUCGGCGAUGGCGCUGAUACUGAAGAGGUGAAUUUUGGAAUCUCUGUUGAGGAUGGUGUGGACUUGGGCAUUAGUCCCGAGAUUGGCACAGAGGAAACCAGUGCUGGUGGUAUUGACUGGGGAGCCUCUGAAUUAACACCUGUGGAAAUUGAAAUUGUGGAUGUUGGCACAGACUGUAAGUGUGUUGGGAUUUACUCAAAUUAAAUGUUGAUAACUGUACUUAACAUUAAGAAUUUCUUAUACAUUUUUUCAAAUAAAUGCUGUUCUUUUGAACUUUUUAUUCAUCAAAGAGCAAGUGAUGUAAUGCUAAAUUUCUCCAAACCUGUUUCGAUGAAAAAGCAAACUCAUCUACAUCUUAGAUGGCCUGAGGGCAAGUAUAUUUUCAGCAAAUUUUCAUUUUUAAUUAACCAAUGUGUAUGUUUGUGUCUCAGCUACGUGGAGCGUGUUUCAGAGUUACUGCGGCAGAAACUCAAGCAGGCUGAUAUCUUGGUGUUAAAGCGUGGCACGCUGGCUGAAAAACGACAGGAGGCUCUGGAAGAACAGGCCAAGCUGGAGCCCCGCAUUGAUCUGCUGGCUGCUCGCACCAAGGAGCUCCAGAAACUGAUUGAAGCUGACAUCUCCAAAAGAUACAACAACCGGCCCGUCAACCUCAUGGGAGUUCAUGUGUGACCAAGAAGAGUAUUUUCAUGCUGCACAGAUGUAUCAUUUCAUAAAUAUAUUUUUCCCAUUUAAAUUGGGAAGUUAAUUGUUUUGUGGUGAUUCCUUUUUAUGGUGGAAUAAAAUUGUUGCAAUCACAGCGCUUUCAAUAUUCAAAGAAGGCUGUAAAUAACUUGCGCUUACACAGCUGGCCUCACUAGUCUGAAGUGCUGAAUUCAGUAAAUGAACCGUCUUAAGCGGCCAACAUUUAAAUAUACCAUUGCUAACCCUAAUUUCUGUGAAGAAAAACAUGGCAUUUUACAUGGAAAGACUAUCAAAACUCUAAAAGAAACGGUCAGAAAAAUUUACAUUUUUGCAAACAGCAUGUACAAUAAAGUAAUAACCUAUUU